UCGGCUCUGCCAGCGCCGUUCCCGGGCGGCCGACACAGCCAUGAAGAUGCACUUCUGUAUCCCGGCGUCCCAGCAGCGGCUGGACCGGCGGGGGGGCCGCUACGUGCUGUACUCCGUGUACCUGGACGGGUACCUCUUCUGCAGGGUGCGCUACAGUCAGCUGCAUAGUUGGAACGAACAGCUGAGGCGGGUCUUUGGAAAUUGCCUGCCACCCUUUCCACCAAAGUACUAUCUUGCAAUGACCGCCUCCAUGGCUAAUGAGAGAAGGGACCAGCUGGAACAAUAUUUGCAGAAUGUAACUGUGGACCCAAACAUGUUGAGAAGUGAUGUCUUCGUUGACUUUUUAAAACUCGUACAGUUGGACACAUUUAGCAUCACUACCAAGACAGCCUCUCUGGAUAUAUUUCUGCCAGAUGGAAGGAAUAUUCAAGUCGAAAUUCUAACAUCAGAUACUGCUGAAAGAGUCCUAGAGGUGGUGUCACACAAAAUUGGACUGUGUCAGGAGCUCUUGGGCUACUUUGGCCUGUUUCUCAUUCAGUGUUGCAAAGAGGGCAAGUUCUCUGUCAUGAAAAAAUUGGUGGACUUUGAACUGCCUUAUGUGAGUCUUCUAAGUGCUAAAGUGGAAGACUGCAAAGUGGGACUCAGGAAGUGGUACAUGGACCCAUCCCUGGACUCUGUGCUGAUGGACUCUGCAGCAGCGGUAGCUUUGAUCUAUAUGCAGGCAGUUCAGGACAUGGAAAAAGAAUGGGCCAAACCCACACAGGUGCAGAGGCAGAAAUUAGAGGCUCUCCAGAAAGAAGACAAUCAAACAAAGUUUUUGGAGCUAUCCCAAGAGGUACGGCACUAUGGGUUCUUGCAGCUGGAUCCCUGUACCUGUGACUACCCGGAACCCGGCUGCAGGGCCGUCCUUUCUGUUGGCAAUAAUGAGAUCAGCUGCUGCAUAACCCUGCCUGAUAACCAGACCCAGGAAAUCAUUUUCCAGAUGAACAGAGUGAAGUGCUGGCAGGUCACUUUCCUUGGGAGUCUGCUGGAUAUGGAUGGACCCCAGAGAACUCUCAACCAGAACUUAGAGCUCAGAUUUCAGUAUAAUGAAGAUAGCCGCUGGCAGUGGUUUGUUAUUUACACCAAACAGGCUUUUUUGCUGAGUAGCUGCCUGAAAAAGAUGAUCUCAGAAAAGAUGGUAAAGCUAGCUGCAGAGAAUCCAGAAAUGCAGAUUGAAGUUCCAGAACAAGGCAAAAGUAAAAAAUACCACAUUCAACAAAGCCAGAAAGACUCUUCUUGUUUUCUACCAAGAAACAACAAAAUUGAGAUAAUCGAAGUUGACUGUGUUUUGGGGACCAUAAAGGAAGAAGACCUUUGAAGAGAAAUUCUCACGUUUUAAAAUGUCCUCUAGGGCUGUCUGGACAGUGAAAGAGCUUGGGGAUUGACAUUGGCUGCCCACCACCAGUGGAAGAAAUUUGAGCCCAUUCAUUUUCUUUUGAUAUCAAGAUGGACCAUAUUCCCCAACACUACUUCAGGAUGCUGUUAAUCUUAAGAUUAAAAAGAAAUAUGAGCCAAAGUUAUACAAUUUGCUUUUAAUGACUCAUAAGUGACAAGAGGCAAAUCCAAAUCAAUUAGUAUGAAGUUUUUAUGUUUUUUGUUUUUUUUUUUACUCCAAUAGAUGUGUACCUGGCUUGAUGAAGUUCUCUAUAUGUUCUGAUAUUCCGUGAAUGAAGGCUCACCAUAAAACACUAUAAAUGUAUUUGGGGUUAAGUUCUGAAGACAUGACUCAUCACCUGAGGAUAAUGUGGCUCUAAGAAAUGGAAUCAUUGGAAAAGAAAUCUGGAUUUCACUGAUCCAUCCAUAGAACCAAGCAAGGAGGUGAUGAAAUAUUAAUUUCUUCCCUUACAUAAUUCUGAUCCUACCAAUAGGGAUGUACUCAAAGUAAUGGGCUGCCCGGUUCUCUAUUUCUCCAUGGAUAUAAUCGUAUUUUAUCUUUAGAAUAUGGAAUUCAGUUUAAUAAUCGCAUGCUAUUUUGAAUAUUUCUAAUUUGGAAAGCAGUGUGUGGGGCCUUCCACUCAAUAUCAGAUACUUUGUAAGUCUCUUAGCUUUAGAAGUAUGUGUAUUUUUUCACUAGAUUUUUCCUUAUCUAGUUUCAGUUUAUCAUAAUGAAUGUAAUUAUAUAUGGAAUUAAGACUGCAGUAACGGAGAGGGACAGAGGAAUCUAUGUAAUGUAAUUAGAUAAAGUGCAAUAUUCUAAUGUUCUUUUCUAACUGGUUUGUGUAACUAAUUAUGUAAUAAAUAUGAAAUAUAUUCUUGUGAAUAUAAAAUUUACUGAUG